UGAUGGUUUACUGGAGGUGGGGAAGAAAAAAACUUAAAAGGAGUAUGGACACGGGCCAAGACCAAUAAAAAACCGGGACUUGGCCCGGCCCAAAGCUCCUCAAGCCCGAUACAAUGAAGAGAAAAAGAAAAAAUUAAUUCCCAAUCAAUCCACUCUCUCCUUCUCUUACCCCCAAAGCAAAGCCAGUGAUCGACGGAGAGAAGCAGCAGGGGAGAUUCCCGGGGUGCAGCAAUCGUCGGAGAAACGCCUACGGACUGGCCUAGUGAUAGAGGAUGUCGACGGUGUACGUGUUGGAACCGCCGACUAAAGGGAAGGUGGUCCUAAACACAACGCACGGGCCCCUGGACAUUGAGCUCUGGCCGAAGGAGGCGCCCAAGGCCGUCAGGAACUUCGUCCAGCUCUGCCUCGAGGGCUACUACGACGACACCAUCUUCCACCGCAUCAUCAAGGACUUCCUCGUCCAGGGCGGCGAUCCCACCGGCUCCGGCACAGGUGGUGAAAGCAUUUAUGGCAGUCCUUUCGCGGAUGAAUAUCAUUCGCGUCUAAGAUUCAAGCACCGAGGCUUAGUGGCGUGUGCUAAUGCUGGCAAACUGAAUUCAAAUUUGAGUCAGUUCUUUAUAACGUUGGAUCGGUGUGACUGGCUUGACCGCAAACAUACUAUUUUUGGGAAGGUAACUGGAGAUUCAAUCUUCAAUCUCAGUCGACUAGCUGAGCUUGAAACUGACGAUAACGAUCGGCCAUUGGAUCCGCCGCCAAAAAUAAUUUCUGUGGAGGUACUAUGGAAUCCUUUUGAAGAUAUUGUUCCUAGAGCACCCGCAAGACCUGCUGCUCAACCAGCAGCUGAGACAGAAAAGAAACAAACUAAGCAGAAAGGUGUAAAGAAGCUGAAUCUACUUUCUUUUGGAGAAGAAGCUGAAGAGGACAAGAAGGAAUUAGCGGCUCAGAGGAUCAAGAUCAGGAGUAGUCAUGAUGUUCUUGAUGAUCCUCGCCUCCUAAAGGAAGAAGCGCCAAUAAAAGAAUCAGAGCCAAGCGAAGCCAAAGCAACGAGGGAUGUCCAGUUAUCCGUCAGAGAAGCAUUGAGCUCAAAGAAAGAACAGUUGCAAAAAGAGUUUGGAGAUGAUUUUCCCCAUUCAUCUGCAAAGAAUGAUGCAGAUGAUGAUGAGGAUGAAGCCAGCUUUGAUGCUCGAAUGCUUCGGCAAAUACUUGAAAAAAGGAAGGAGCUGGGUGAUCUUCCACCAAAGCCAAAGCCAAAGCCAAAGCUUCCUAAUGGAAGUUCUAGUCGGAAGGAGCGUGAAUCAUCUGCUCCCAGGAGCGAUUUUGAUAGUGAUGGUGGCAAUAAGCCAAGGGUGGAGAAGCUUUCCUUGAAGAAAAAGGGAAUAGGAUCAGAAGCAAGAGCUGAAGUCAUGGCUAAUGCUGAUGCAGAUCUGCAGCUGUUGAGUGAAGCUGAGCGAGGGAGACAAUUGAAUAAGCAGAAGAAGCGGAGGCUCCGGGGACGUGAAGAUGAGGUAUUAGCCAAGCUUGAAAAUUUCAAGGCGUCUACUUUCGGCAAACCAGUAGCGGCAGGUGGAGCAGAUGAUGAGGAUUUAUCUGACUGGAGAGAAGUGCACUUGAAGUUUGCAGCUGAGCCUGGAAAGGAUCGAAUGUCUCGAAAAGAGGAUCCAAAUGAUUAUGUUGUGGUCGACCCACUCUUGGAGAAGGGGAAGGAAAAAUUCAACCGAAUGCAAGCCAAGGAGAAGCGGAGGCACCGGGAAUGGGCUGGAAAAUCCCUCACUUGAUCCCUUUUGCCCCAAAGUCUGGGUGAUUUGCUACGCAUUUUGGUUUCCUUCAGGUGUGUGCUUUCGGUUAUGUCAUGCAUUCGUGCAGAAGUCAGGGGGGUUGAAAUCUAUUUAGACUAAUGUGAGUAUAUUGGAUCCGACUCACCCCAUAUUUCUACAGAUCUAAUUCCAAUUGUUUGACCUCCAAGACUGAGUUUCAGCGUCAGCACCACUAUGAUGACUGGUAAAGUUUGAUUUUGUCCGCCGUCCUGAUCGAUCUCCUUCCUGUAUGGGUGAUGGAAAUUGAUCUACACCAUCUUCUUCAGUUAGGAAGAAAUGUAUAUAUGACGACAUUCUUUUAAAAAAAUUUUAAUGAACCUAUGUUUUUCUCUGAUCUAUAAA